GUCACUUUAAACCCACCACGAAUGGAUCAUAUUUUGGCAGGAAGUGAGUGUCUGCAAACCGGAAGCCAAAUAAUGAGGACGCAGUGAGGCUGGCAAAUAGCUCCACGAACAAACUCUCUGAGCACACCCGAGACGAGUGCAGCUUCAGUGUGGUCCUGUCCACCUGUGUAUGACGACAAGCUAGAGGCGGCCAUGUCUUCAGCAGUGGACUUUAAGACCAAGGAGGAGAAGGAUGCAGAACUGGACAAAAGAAUUGAAGCCCUGAGGAAGAAGAACGAAGCUCUGGUCAAGCGCUAUCAGGAAGUAGAAGAGGACAAGAAAAGGGCCGAGCAGGAGGGCAUCGCCGUGACAACGCCUCGCAAGCCCCGCCCUCACGAGCCAGAGUGGGAACGCAGGAAGCCUGAGAAAGACAACUUCACACUCGCAGACGACCUCUCCAAGGCGUCAAUAGGGCAGGACACCAGAGUGGUGGACGGAUGGAAGCCUCCCACGCCCCGCGGUCGGAAAGCGUCCGAGGAGAGCGAUGGGCACAGAAGGCAGAGCGACAACCACAGUCCCCCCAGGAGGACAGGCUCGGGCCGAGUUGGGAGAGGAGGAGGGCCCAAAGGGGGUGGCGGCGGUCGCCCUGAGAGGAGAGAACGGGAACCGUGGACCCCCAGAGACGGAGAGCCAGCUGAAACAGGAGGACCGGGGCGACGAGGAGGAAGGAGAGGAAGAGGAGGAGACUCGGCAGGCACACCAGGGGGCGUGGACAAGAAGUCCAAGGAAUGGGAGGAGAAGAGGCGACAAAACAUUGAGAAGAUGAAUGAAGAAAUGGAGAGAAUAGCAGAGUACGAAAGAGGACAACGGCAGGACGAAGACAAGCCAAUACGUAACUUCCUGGACGACCCACGGCGUUCCGGCCCGACUCAGGACACAGACCGCAAGGAAGGCAGCAGGAGACACAUGCGAAAUUGGGGUGGGCUGGACUUUGACAACGUGAAGACCGGAGCUGACAUGGAGAAAGAAUGGAUCAGUCGGCGGCCUGGCCCGAGAGGCUCCGCGGACAUGACCAUGUCCAUGACGGGCCGCGAGCGAGCCGAGUACUUGCGCUGGAAGAAGGAGCGCGAGCAGAUUGACGAGGAGCGUCUGGCUCGCCAUCGCAACGCCACCGGCCAGUGGAGACGAGAGUGGGACGCACAGAAGACCGAGGGCAUGUUCAAGGAGGAUGCACAAAUGGCGGCAGAGGGCGUCAUGGCAGAGCAGGGCGGCAGGAGAGAUGAUGGCAAGCGACCCCCUAAAUCCUCCACGUUUGGAGACUUCCUGUCCCAGGGCAGGUCGCAGGGACCCCGGGGAGACCGGAACCAAAGAAGAGGACAGAAGCCCAGUUAUAGUAUGCAUGACAACCGCUGGGAAGGAGAAAAAGAAGACGAGGAGAAGGAAAAGGACAUGCCAAAGCGAGAGAGGAACCAGAAGGAGAAGGACAUGUCCAAAGCUCCCCAGGAACAGAAGGUGGUCGAGGCUGGAGAUGAGGAAGAUGACGACCAGUGGGAAGACGCCAGCGACGGAGAGCAGGACGUGUCCGAUGGAGACGACGAUUCCAGUGGCGACGAGAAGAAAGACGCUGGUAACGCCGACUCCCCCAACUCGCCUCGCUCCAGACCGUCGUCGGCCGGAAGCCCCAAAGAGCGGCGAACGCCCCGGCCCAAGAUCCACAUCCCGCCCCCCUCAGCGGCCUUGCAAGACCCGUCGCAGGCGGGGAAGCCUCCCAGCCCCUUCUCCCCGCUGCACGGUCACCGGCCUGUGUCGGACUGGGGGGAGGAGAUGGAGAUGUUGUCACCACGGAGCAGCAUGGGAGAGAGCCCGCUGAAAUCCCUCAGUGCUGAGAGCAGUCCUGCACCAAAGGAGGAGAAUGUGGAGGACACUGCCCCUAUUGAGGAGGACACAGAGUAUCAAGCCACUCCAGAAAAGGCUGAAGUCCAAGUCACGGUGUCCGAACCAGAGUACACACCUGCAGAAUCCCAGGACAAGCCGCCAUCGUCUGACCUCGCGCCAUCAGAGGUGUCUGACCCCGUCCCCCUGGAGGUCAGCGAAGACAGCCAGGAUCCGCCCGCCACCAACUCACAAGACAAAGCUGACGAUCCACCAACGCCGCCCGCCGUCCUGGUGACCCAGCCCAGCACCACCGAAGCAGGAGACAAAGACGACGAUGCGACCGACGUUGGCGUCACCGAUGCCACAGCCACAUCAGAGAUGUCCUCCAAACAGCCAACCUCAGGCUGAAGCUGCCAGCGACGCUUGCUCGCUCCUGAAGAUGACGACGACGUCGCCAGAGUGAUGUCAUACACUCGUCAACAAAAGAGGAGGGCGGGGCAGAGCCUCGGAGCAGCCAUGCUCAGCCGUCACUCGUCUGUCUGCAGGAGUUGGGCGCCUCCUCGAGCACCCUGCUGCGUCACGUCUCACACUUGCUGCCCACCCGCGCAGACAAGGUAGAAGAUUUGGCAACUUUACAAAUAAAGCCGAGCUGCUGGAAUCAGCCGACCACUCAACCUGUGACCACGCCCCCUGGCUCCGUCAGACGAACCAAUCACAAGCCUGCCCAGUCUGCAGUGAGUGACACUCAAAUUUACCUGAUCUUGUUUACAGUUUUUAUCAGAUUUUAGUGUCCCGUCAGCAGAUAAUACACAAAAAGAUCAACUAUAAGCGAUGUUUGUCUUGUCAAUGAGCUCAGGUUAGUUGAUCUUGCUGCUGCAAUGCAUAUCAGAUCUCACAUCACGGCAAUAAUUCACACUGUGUGCAUAAGUUUCAAGUUUCCAUUUUGUGCAUUCACCGGUCAAAGCAAGAAAACAGAGCACGUGUUGCAAAAAACUGGGACAUUUUUCCUAAACUUUCUAUAUGCGGGAUCGCAACAAUGGACAUUUAAAUGUACGUGUUAUAAGGACUCUCUUCGGGGUGUGAAUCUUUGGGCAUGUGACGAUUCCUGUAUUCACGAUUUGAUUAGAAUCUAUUCUUGAUUAAACACGAUUCUCCAUUCAAACUGAUUCACAAAAUGUAUUAUUUGGUACCAUAUUAUAAUUAAACUUUUUUCAAAACAGGUUAGAAAAGCUCCUUCUGGUUGCAUGGAGAUGGCCAAAAAAAAAUAAAAAUAUAUGAUUGUUUUUUUAUUUGAUUUUUGAAAAUUACGAAUUGAUUUAGAAUCGAGUGGAAUAAGAAUCGCGACUACAAUGUGAAUCGAUUUUUUUUUGUUUACACCCCGAGUCUUAAAGUCCAAAUCAUGCAGUGAAUAAAAUACCUUGGUCAGGGGAAGAA